AUGUCAGCCGGCACCGCUACGCCGGGACUCGUUGUCACCGCCACCGAUCCCAUCCGCUCUUUCCUCUCCUCCGCCGCCGGCUCCCCCGACCUCUCCGACGACCUCCGGGGUCUGGCCUCCGCCCUCUCUUCUGAGCGGGCCGUCCCCUACCGCUCCAUCCGCGCCAUCUGGUGCGCCGACUGCUCCCGCGGCCGCCCACCUCUCAGACAGCUCUUGCAAGGCGCUCAAUUCGUGCUGUCCAGUCCCAAGCCCCGCGAGAAGAGCGAUGAGCUCAAGGCGAGGCUGGAGAAGCUCCGGGAGAUGCAGGAGAGGAAGGAGUACGCCGAGCUCGUCAAGGAUGUCGCGCCUAAGGAGGACAACACCGAACCCUUCUCCUCUUACAAGGAUCAGCUAGGAUUCGGUCUGCAUGUUGUGGUCAUAAUGUUCACGGGUUAUUUGGUGGGGUUUGCUACUUUCAAAGCUCUGUUCAGCAACAGUCCUGUCAUGAAUGCUGCUGGAGGCAUCUUAGGAGUGGUGGGUGGCAUGCUGAUGGAAACAGUUCUUUUCAUCAUCAGAUCAUCCAGUAAAGAGUUGUCGUCUUCGGUUCCAAGAUCCAAGAAGCUUCAGUAG